UAUAGAUACCUAUGGCUGCUUGUGCGCAUCAGCGUUCUACAAUUACUAUAAGCAAAACCAAGAGGAGGGUAUGUACCUUGUGUAUGUCUCUGAGAAAGGAGAGGCCAUUAAAACACCCCCAGAGAUAGAACGUGUCGUUGCUAAGUUCCCUGAUUUGUUCGAGGAGCCCACAGGAGUUGUUGAAAGGGAAGUUGUCCACGCUAUAGAAAUCAUUCCAAGGAGUAAGACCCCAAAGGGAAGGAUCUUUAGGAUGGCUCCCGCCGAGUUAGAUGAACUUCGGCGACAGCUUAAGGAGCUGAAAGAGAAGGGAUGGAUUCGGCCUAGUACUUCCCCUUACGGAUCACCCGUUCUAUUCGUACCGAAGAAGGGGGGUACUUUGAGGAUGUGCGUUGACUAUAGAGGCCUCAAUGCCAUCACAGUGAAGAACGCAGAGCCUUUACCUCGCAUAGACGACCUAUUGGAUAGGGUGCAGGGAUGCAAAUACUAUAGGAAGAUAGACUUGAAACCCGGAUAUCAUCAGAUCGCAAUAAGACCUGAGGACCAACACAAGACAGCCUUUCAGACCAGAUACGGUCUGUACGAGUUUGUAGUGAUGCCCUUUGGUCUUUGCAAUGCGCCGGGUACAUUCCAGCACGCUAUGAAUCGGAUUUUCCAUUACCAUUUAGAUAAGUUUGUCGUGGUAUACCUUGACGACAUUCUGAUCUUUAGCAAGUCUGCUGAGGAGCAUGCAAAGCACGUUGAGACUGUACUCUCACUUCUGCGACAGCACAAGUAUAAGGUCAACUUAGAGAAGUGUGAGUUCGGUCGCACUAAGAUACUAUACUUGGGUCAUGAACUAUCCGCAGAAGGGAUUAGGCCGGAGGAUGCGAAGGUGGCUAGUAUUCGAGACUGGCCACGACCUCAAACAGUCACUGAGGUUAGAUCAUUCUUAGGAAUGUGCGGCUACUAUAGGAACUUCGUAAAUAACUAUUUUACAGUCGCCUCUCCUUUGACUGAUCUAACUCGACUUGACACACCGUGGGAUUGGAGUGAUGAGUGCGAGGGUGUUUUCAAGAGAUUGAAGCAUGCACUCAUGAAUCAUGAGGUCCUCAUGGUUCCCGAUCCUCAGAAGCCAUUCAUAGUGACCACUGACGCAAGCCAAUAUGGCAUUGGGGCAGUGCUGGCUCAACAGGAUGGGAAGAAGUUGAGACCGAUUGAGUAUAUGAGCAAGAAGAUGCCAUCGAAGAAGUUGGCAAAGUCCACCUACGAAGGGGAACUCUAUGCUCUAUACAAAGCACUUGUCCAUUGGAGACACUUCCUAUUGGGAAGGUUCUUCUACUUGAGGACGGAUCAUCAGAUCCUCAAAUUGAUCAAGACUCAACCGGCUCUUUCUGACGCACUCAAGCGAUGGAUUGAGGUCAUAGACCAAUAUGACUUCAAGCUUGAGUAUCUGAAGGGAGAGUAUAACAAGGUUGCUGAUGCACUAUCAUGUAGAGCAGACUACCUAGGUGCGCUAGUUUCUGACUUUGGCGUAUCUGAAGAAGUAACUCAAUCAUUGGUGGGAGCCUAUCAGGAAGACCCUGUCACGAUGGACAUCAUGCGCAAACUUCAGGCAAAAGACAAGGCCACGGAAAGUGAGUUUGUGAUGGUGGACGGGUUACUCUACCUUGAUAAGGCUGAAAUAAAAAGAUUAGUAAUUCCAUCUAGUGAGCGAUUGCGUAGUUUGUUUUUAGGCGAAUGUCAUGACGCAACUGGGCACUUUGGCUUCAAGAAGAUGAGUGCUAACCUAGUACGGCGAUUUUGGUGGCCAGGAAUGUUAGAUGACGCAAAGCAGUACGGAGAGAUCUGUCAGGUCUGUCAGCGGGACAAGCCGCGAACUCAAGCACCGCUUGGGUUGUUGAAGCCUUUGCCUAUUCCUGCUGGUCCAGGACAGAGUGUUUCCAUGGAUUUCAUGGACACCCUGGUGACUAGUAAGAGUGGCAAGAGGCACAUCUUCGUCAUCAUCGAUCGAUUCACCAAGUACGCUAGACUAGUGGCUAUGCCAGAGACCGCAAGAACUGACUAUGUCAUCAAGUUGUUCAAAGACAACUGGGUGCGUGACUUUGGUUUACCAAAGUCGAUCGUUAGCGACCGAGAUGUCCGAUUUACAAGUGAGCUGUGGAAGAAGACUGCAGAACAGAUGGGCAGUCAACUUCAGAUGACUUCAGGGAAUCAUCCCGAAGCCAGCGGACAAGCCGAGCAAAUGAACAGAGUUGUACAACACUUGCUAAGGCAUUACAUCAAGCCCAACCAGGAUGACUGGGAUGAGCAAUUGCCUCUCAUCGCCAACCUGUACAACAAUGUUGUCCACAACAGUACCGGCGUUAGUCCUAAUCAGCUACACUUGGGAUGGAAGCCUAGAUCAACAUUAGACUUCCUCCUACCUGAAAACCGACCCGCUGCAACUCCAGGCACACUUGAGUAUGGUGUGCAGUAUGAGAAGUUGCUGCAAGAAGUUGUCGAGCACAUGAAGAAAGCUCAGCAAGCAAUGAUUGCUUCCGAGAAUCAACACCGUAGACAGUCCACAUUUCAGGUAGGGGAACGUGUCUGGGUCAAGGCUAGUGAGUUAGGACAGGAAUUCAGAAUCUCUCGCAAACUAAUGCCUCAGUACUUUGGUCCCUGGGAAGUCCUGGAUAUAGUGGGAGAUGAGAUGGAUGGCCCCACAUAUGUCAUUCGUGUCCCUGGACACCUACGCACUCACCCUGUCUUUCAUGCCUCAAAGCUUGCACCCUUCGCUGAGACAGAUCAAUUCCCUUCCAGGAGAUCGAUGCUGCCCCCAACCAUGGAUGGUCAAGUGGACAUCGACGACAUUGUGGAUCACAGGGAUAUGCCUGUUCUGAAGCCGCUGGGUCGAGGAAGACCUCCUAAACCCAAGAUAGAGUAUCGCGUCAGAUUCAGGCAUCAUAGAGAUCCAAAAGAAGAUCGGUGGUUUACCAGAGAGGAACUGAUUGAGACUGCUCCUCAGGUGGUGGCAGAAUACGAGAGACUGCUGAAAGGGAAGGCACCUGCGAAGUUGCUGGACCAGCUGCAGCAGCUGGACCUGAAGAGGAAGAUGCAGCAACCUGUGCACUUGCUGCUGACGUACCACCUGGAUCUGCCAGGCAAUUUCCUGGAAUUACAACUUCUGCAGUACUUGGUGGCAGAUUCAAACCGGUUCCGAAGGCUCCCACCAGUUGUGACAAAGCUGACCAACCUCAAGCUUCUGGAGAUUUCAGAUAACAAGAUCAAGGAACUUCCGGAAGAGUUGGGAGCACUAGCAGGACUGCAGCAGCUUGUCCUCGGCGGCAAUCGUUUGGCUUUUCUUCCCCGGAGCUGCACCAACCUGUCGCGGCUGCAGACACUUGCAGCCCCUGACAACAGGAGGGACAGAAUUGCAACUAGUGGUAGGAUGGCAGAAUUUCGCAGUAGGACCUACUGCUAAAAGUAGGACAGAGAGGGCUACAACAAAUCAGUGAUCAUACG